CCAGUUGAGAACCCAGUUCUGGGCCGGGAAGAUGCAAAUAGCCGUGCAAGUGGAAGUUAAAAGGCCGCCGCGCAAAAACAAGACCCUGCAGUCGUGUCCCAUCGUGUGCAUCAAUGAGCCGGACACACACAGCGCCAACACCGAGAUAUUGCAGACAAGUGCGGAGAGCACGCUAGAGAAGGCGUGCAAGGCGGCGCCAUCGGGUGGAGCCAGCACGAGUGUGACUAGCCUGAACGGCAGCUGCAUUGCCAUCAACGGAGGAAUAGGAGAAGAAGCCACUGAAACUGCAACUGCAAAUGCAUCGGCAACAACCAGCACCGCGGCUGGAGUGACCAAGAUAACGAUAACCAGUGACAGCGGCAAAGGCAGCGCCAAAGCCAAAGCCAACACAGCCAGUUCCAGCGACGGCUACAAGAACAGCAGCUUGGUGUCCAUCACCAGCCUAAACAGCUGCAGCGACCUCAGUCUCAGCCAGAGCCAGGGCAGCACCGCCACCCUGCCCAUCAGCAGCGCCAGCUGCAGCAGCAACAACGUCAGCAGCCACCCACUCAGCAACAACAACAGCGGCAGCGACACCUCGUCCAACAACUUCCAGGAGCGGUUCGACUUUGAGCACUGGAAGGGCCUACUCAGCGACUACAACUGCUUCCACGGCCUGUAUCGCUACUGGAAUCAGUACAACGGACGCAGCAGCAGCAGCAGCGCCAACGACAUCAACAGCGCCAGCGAACAGCAGCAGUCCCAGUCCAACCAUGAGAACGGCCUGGGCAGCGGAGCCGGUUCCUUCUACACCCACAACAUACUAGGCUACACCUUCGGCUAUCCGUUUGGCCUGAAGGAAGACCUCGACGGCGGCGGCAGCGGCAACUGCAACAGCAACUGCCACGGCGGCGGCAGCAACACCAACAGUCUUGGCCUCAGGAAGUGGCUUUCAGGCAGCACCAGCAGCAACGAGACGCCGCUCCAGAAGCACUACCGGCACCAGCAGAAGAAGAAGAUGCCCGGCUUCAGGGGCAGAAGGGUGUGGUGCGGCUGCUUCAAGGACGAUGAACCACCCGAGAUUUGUGUGGUGGAAGGGGCGUUUACCCUGCAGACGCUCACGCCCACCCAACCCAUGCCGUCGGUGGAUGAGCUGGACACCAAGUUCGCGGAGCUGGUGGAGGAGCUCGAUCUGACGGCGCCCAACAAGGAGGCGAUGCUCAGCCUGCCCGCGCAAAAGAAGUGGCAGAUCUACUGCUCGAGGAAGCUGCCCUUGGAUGCGGCCGAUGGCCCGGAUGCAACGGCCAUUACCCAGCCCCCCACCGCAGAGCACUACAUUGAGCGCCUGAAGGAGCUGGUGGUGCACAUAUCGCUCUCGCCGGAAGACUCGCCCAGCCAUGAGCUGGGCAAUCGCCUGGAUGGCCACGCCGCCUUUGUGGACGCCCUGAAGACGGCGCUUCGCACAUCCACCCACAGUUUCGUUCUGCGAUUUGUGGAGCUGGACGGGCUUCCUGCGCUGCUCGACCUCCUGCUGCAGCUGGACAUCCGCGUGGCCAACAGUCCGCUGCACACCAGUCUCAUUGGUUGCAUCAAGGCCCUGAUGAACAACUCGAUGGGUCGCGCGCACGUGCUAGCUCAUCCGACGGCCAUCGACACCAUAGCCAGAUCCCUGGCGGCGGACAACAUUCGCACGAAGAUCGCCGCGCUGGAGAUUCUGGGCGCCGUGUGUCUGGUGCCCGGCGGUCAUCGCAAGGUGCUGCAGGCCAUGCUCCACUUCCAGGAGUUCGCUACGGAACGAACCCGUUUCCAGAGCAUUGUCAACGACCUGGACCGCUCGACCUACGCGUACAGGGACAAUGUCAACCUGAAGACCGCCCUCAUGUCGUUCGUAAAUGCGGUGCUCAACUACGGACCCGGCCAGGAGAACCUCGAGUUCCGACUGCACUUGAGGUACGAGUUUCUCAUGCUCGGCAUCCAGCCCGUGAUCGACAAGUUGCGCACGCACGAGAACGAAACGCUGGACAGGCAUUUGGACUUCUUUGAGAUGGUUCGUGCCGAGGACGAGAAGGAGUUUGCCCGUCGUUUCAAGGAGGAGCAUGUGGACACCAAGAGCGCCGGCUCAAUGUUUGAGCUGCUGCGCCGCAAGCUCAGUCACUCGCCCGCGUAUCCCCACAUGCUCUCCCUUCUGCAGCACAUGCUCCUGCUGCCCUAUACGGGCCACUGCACGGAGCACUGGCUGCUGAUUGACCGCGUGGUACAGCAGAUAGUGCUGCAGGUGGAACAGCGGCCAAACAGUGAUCUUAUCGUCGACCCCGAUGAGCCUGAGAAGCAACUGAAGCUGGCCGCCGAGUCGCCAGUCCACGAUCCCGACGUGGCGCCCUUGCAGAUCGACGUGGCGAAGCUGGUGCGUCUGCUGGUCAAGGAGGAGCAGUUGACACAGGCGCGCAAGCGUGCCGACGAGCUGGAGCGCGAGAACUUUGACGUCCAGUCGCGGCUGGCCAAGAAGGAGCAGGAACUCGACCUACGCAUGCAAGAGAAGGAGGACUUGGAGACGGGACUAGCGCGCAUGCGCGAGCGCUUGGAGAAGGAGUCCGCCCAGCACUCGCAGGCGGUGCAGCGGGCGCAGACUGCCGAGAUGCGAGCAGAAGACCUGCAGCACCGCCUGAUCAGCGAGCAGCAGGAGCGGGCUCGCUUGGAGCGAUUGGUUACGGAGGGCAGCAUCCCCGACGACCAGAAGGUGGCCGGUCUCACUGGCUGCAAUGGUGCCGUCUCGCCUCCACCGGCACCGCCCAUGCUCAAGGCCAUCCCGCCGCCUCCGCCACCCAUGGCACCGUCGAUGAUGCCCCCACCACCACCUCCUUGCCCGGGCGCCCCUCCUCCGCCGCCAAGCAUGGCACAAACGAUGGCUCCGGCGCCACCAAAAGUGGAUCUGCCAAAGAAGAAUGUGCCACAGCCGACGAAUCCCCUGAAGAGCUUCAACUGGUCGAAGCUGCCGGACGCCAAGCUGCAAGGCACCGUUUGGAGUGAGCUCGACGAAAGCAAGCUGUACAACAACAUGGAGCUGGAGUCAAUUGAUAAACUCUUCUCGGCCUACCAAAAGAACGGGGUAUCGGCCACUGAUGGAUCCUAUGAGGACUUACGGGUAACUGGCAAGGCGGCCAAGCAGAAAGUGCUGUCGGUGAUCGACGGACGCCGGGCGCAGAACUGCACCAUCCUGCUGAGCAAGCUGAAGAUGAGCGACAUGGAGAUAUCAAAGGCCAUUCUCUCCAUGGACAGCAACGAGCAGCUGCAACUGGACAUGGUCGAGCAGCUGCUCAAAUUCACGCCCUCGGCGGAGGAGCGAGCUUUGCUGGACGAGCAUAGCGAGGACAUUGAGUCUCUUGCUCGGGCCGAUCGAUUCCUCUAUGAGAUAUCCAAAAUUCCGCACUACGAGCAGCGCCUGAAGAGUCUGCACUACAAGAAGCGUUUCAUGCUGACCAUCAACGACUUGGUCCCCCGCAUAACCAGUGUGAUGGAGGCCUCUCGUGAGGUGGCUCGUUCCCGUCGCCUGCGUAAGCUUCUUGAGUUGGUCCUCGCCUUAGGCAACUACAUGAACCGCGGGGCACGUGGCAACGCAUCCGGAUUCCGACUGGCGUCGCUCAACCGGCUGGCGGACACCAAGUCCAGUGCCGCCAAGGGCACCACCCUGCUACACUACCUCGUGCAGGUGAUUGAACGCAAGUUCAAGGACCUUUUGAAGUUGGAGGACGAUAUCCCACAUGUGCGCGAAGCCUCCAAGGUGUCGCUGGGCGAGAUGGACAAGGACAUUCAGAUGCUGCGCACGGGUCUGGCAGACGUGGCGCGCGAGAUCGAGUUCCAUCGCAGUUCGGGCCCGGCCCAACAGGGCGACCGCUUUCUGCCCGUGAUGCGCGAGUUCCACGCGCAGGCGUCGGUGCGCUUUGCGGAGCUGGAGGACAAGUUCCAGGACAUGAAGACGCGCUUUGACCGUGCGGUUCGCCUCUUCGGCGAGGAUGGUUCCGUUUUACAGCCGGACGAGUUCUUUGGCAUCUUUGAUUCUUUCCUCGCCGCCUUCGCGGAGGCGCGGCAUGACAACGAGAGCUUCCGUCGGCGACAGGAGGAGGAGGAGAAGCGCGCCAAGCAGGAGGCGGAGCUCAAGAAGCGCACAAUCGAGCGCAAGAACAAGACCGGCCUAAUGAGCAGCGUCGCUCGCAACCUGGGCCUCAAGUCUGGCUCGUCCAACGGCGAUCCCGACUCCCCGGCAAAGGGCGGCGGAGGCGACAACAAGGGCGAGUUCGACGACCUCAUCUCGGCCCUGCGGACCGGCGACGUGUUCGGCGAGGACAUGGCUAAGUUUAAGCGGUCGCGCAAGGCGCGCGUGCUUAACGGCGGCGGCUCCUCCACUGGGCACACCCCGCCGCCCCGCCACGGCAGCCUCCAGCGGGAGGAGAGUGGGCGGGAGCGCGAGCGGACCGUGAGGCGCCAGUAGAAACGGGGUGGGUGGAGACUGCGGUCAAGCGGACCUGACGACCCCGGUGUAAAGGAAUGUUUCCAGAUUGCGCGAAAGUAUUUUUUUUCUUACAUCAUAAAGACACUUCUUUUGUAAUUAUUUAUCUAAUACCCGUACGCAUACACUACGAUUUAUGUAUACCUACAUAUAUAGCACAUAGUCUAAACGUAAAGCUCGGCUAAUGCAAGCGUGAAACCAAAUUA